AUGGUCCUCUUGUGGUUCUCAAGACUCGUCCUGAUCAUCCUGGCCUGCAUCCCUCAACCAUCUCUGGGAUGCCCCUCUGGCUGUCGCUGCUACAGCCUCACAGUGGAGUGCGGAUCUCUCGGGAUCAAAGAAAUUCCACACGGUGUCUCCUCUGUCACCGAGACCAUCUUCCUCCAGGACAACGCUAUAGUGCAGAUCCGUCUUCAGGACCUGACUCAGCUGGGCAGCCUCCAUUACCUCUACCUUCAGAAUAAUAGCAUCUCAGCCCUGGAGCCUGGGGCGUUUCUUAGCCAAGGGCAGCUGCUGGAGCUAGCACUCAAUGGCAACCUCAUCCACCUGGUUACCCAAGAUAUGUUUCGGGGUCUAGAGCACCUCCGGAUCCUAUACCUCGCUGGGAACCAGAUCACUCGAGUGCAGGACUACACCUUCAGGGGACUGCAGCGUCUGCAGGAACUCCACCUGCAGGAAAACAGCAUAGAGCUGCUAGCAGAGCAAGCUCUUUCUGGCUUGUCAUCUCUAGCCCUGCUGGACCUCAGCAGAAAUCACCUCCGCACCCUGGGAGCCUCAUCCCUCAAACCGCUCGUCAGCCUGCAGGUGCUCCGCGUCACAGAGAACCCAUGGCGCUGCGAUUGUGCUCUGGGCUGGCUGAGAACCUGGAUUAGUGAAGACGGACAGCGUCUGUUAAGCUCUGCUGAACAACGUCGGCUGAUGUGCUCUGAACCACCUCGUCUCUCCCACCUCAGCCUGGUGGAGGUGGCUCCCAACAGCCUGGUCUGCAUCCCCCCUGUGGUGCAGCUCGAGCCCAGCCACCUGACUGUGCGACUAGGGGAGAGCCUCCGAGUCUCCUGCCAGGCCUCUGGAUACCCUCAGCCUCAGGUGACCUGGAAGAAAGCAUCCCAUGGCAAGCCCCAGCUAUCACCUCGAGGCCUAGUGCAAGAGCUGGGACCCAAUGGUGAGCUCUUCAGGCCUGGGGCUGGAGGAGUGGUGACUGCCCUGCCCAGCAGUGGAGGGAUCAAGGUUGGAGGAAUCCAGGGGCUUGUACGUGGGACUGAGGAGGGCGGCGAGAGGGACAGUUUUGAUCCGGACAUGGGCAGCGGCAUGUUAUUCCUCAGCAAUGUGACUGUAGCACAUGCUGGGCGCUAUGAGUGUGAAGCCUGGAACCCCGGUGGUGUUGCUAGAGUUACCUUUCAUCUGGCUGUGAACAUGUCUUCUUCUUCAUAUUCAUCCCACUUCUGGCCUCGUGUGAAUACGCACUCCUUUGUUUCCUCUUCAUCUAACUCCUUCUAUCAACCAGAGGUUCUGGAUGUUAGCCAGGAACCGCUCUAUGAACAGGACAGCAUGGACUUCAAUGCUUUGGGCCCUGCUACGCAGACUGCCAUUGCUGUUGGGAUCUCCUUGCUGGCACUCACUGCGGUUCUCCUCUUGAUUAUGAUCUACACUCGUCACCAGCAGUACAGCAAAGAAGAAGGAGGCUCCUACUGUACCAGCAAGGAAGAGAGCAUCCUUUAUGUGAACGACUACUCUGAUGGGCCCACCACCUUUGCACAGCUGGAGGAGUACCGCGAUGACCACGGCCAUGAGAUGUACGUACUCAACAGAACCAAGCCUGUCCUAGGCUCCACUUCUUCCAGGUGUCCAAUGAUGAGCGGGUUUGUCCAGCAAAAGGGUAUGAAGGAGGCUCUCCUGGACCAUGAAAUGGUCCAGACAUUGACCAGAUCAGGCGGAAUGGGACUUCGCAGAAACCCAGCAGAUGGAGGAGAGGGACCCCUUACAACAGACCCAGAAGAGCUGUUCCUUAGUCAGAGUCUCCUCUUCGGAUCACAGGUUGCCUACGAGAUUCACUGCUAA